CUCAAAAUCCAAGAAGAAGAGAGAGUGUGAGAGAGAGAGAGAGAGAAGCUCUUCUUCUUCUUCUUCUUCUUCUUCAGGCUCACACACGGGUUUUGGCAUUUGGCGUUGUAAACAAUGCUUCUCCCUCUCUUCUUCUUCUUCUUCUUCCUCCUCUUCCAUCUCCAUCUUUCUUCUUCUUCUUCUUCAAUCUCCUUCCCUGAUUUUCAGAUCAUCGACGUUUUACAACCUCCUCUCUCCGUCACCUCUACUCUUCCCAACGACACCCAUUUCUCCGACGACUCCAACUCCAAGUACACUCUCCGUCUUCUCCACCGCGACAGAUUCCCUUCUGUCUCUUACCGUAACCACCACCACCGUCUCCAUGCUCGUAUGCGCAGAGACUCUGACAGAGUCUCCUCCCUUCUCCGCCGCAUUUCUGGCAAAGUUGUCUCUUCUUCUUCUUCUUCUUCCGAUUCCAGAUACCAGGUCGACGAUUUUGGCUCCGAUGUCGUUUCCGGUAUGGAUCAAGGCAGCGGCGAGUACUUCGUCAGAAUCGGCGUCGGAAGCCCCCCCAGAGAUCAGUACAUGGUCAUUGAUUCCGGUAGUGAUAUGGUUUGGGUUCAGUGUCAGCCUUGCAAGCUCUGUUACAAACAAUCCGACCCGGUUUUUGACCCGGCUAAAUCCGGCUCUUACACCGGAGUCUCUUGCGGCUCUUCCGUCUGCGACCGCGUCGGAAACUCCGGCUGUCACUCCGACGGGUGCCGUUACGAGGUCAUGUACGGGGACGGGUCUUACACGAAGGGCACAUUGGCUCUCGAAACGCUCACGUUUGCUAAGACGGUGGUUCGAAACGUUGCCAUGGGAUGUGGCCACCGAAACAGAGGGAUGUUUAUCGGAGCAGCUGGUUUGUUAGGUAUCGGAGGCGGUUCAAUGUCGUUUGUGGGUCAAUUGAGCGGUCAAACCGGCGGUGCGUUCGGUUAUUGUUUAGUGAGCCGAGGCACCGACUCGACCGGUUCAUUGGUGUUCGGGAGGGAAGCUUUACCCGUUGGAGCCUCGUGGGUACCGCUGAUCCGUAACCCACAAGCUCCGAGUUUCUACUACGUUGGGCUCAAGGGCCUCGGCGUCGGAGGCGUCCGGAUUCCUCUACCGGAUGGCGUUUUCGACCUGACCGAAUCCGGCGACGGUGGCGUGGUCAUGGACACAGGGACCGCCGUCACGAGGCUUCCCACGGCUGCUUACGCCGCGUUCCGCGAUGGGUUUAAGUCGCAGACGGCGAAUUUGCCGCGGGCGUCGGGGGUAUCGAUAUUCGACACGUGUUAUGAUCUGUCCGGGUUUGUCUCGGUAAGAGUCCCGACAGUGUCGUUCUAUUUCACGGAAGGUCCGGUUUUGACAUUACCGGCGAGGAAUUUUCUGAUGCCGGUGGAUGAUUCGGGGACAUACUGUUUUGCGUUCGCGGCGUCUCCGACGGGUCUGUCGAUAAUAGGGAACAUACAACAGGAAGGGAUCCAAGUCUCUUUCGACGGAGCCAAUGGCUUUGUUGGUUUUGGCCCCAACGUUUGCUAGCGGUUAAAAUUAGAUAUUAAUUACGAUUUUUGUUUGCUAGUAAAGUAAAAAAGCUUUUGUCUCAGUCUAAACUAUAUAUUGUCUCUUUUUUUUUUUUUAUAAGUAAUUAGUUUGGUUUUGAGUUUUCUUUAAUAAAUCUGAUUAGUAUAGAGAUUUACAAACAAAAAAUGUACAUUAUAUGUUUUGACCAAGUAUGUCUUUUGAUUUCUGA